AUCAGUAGAACAAUCGCCCAUUCCGAUAUUGCAGCAGUCCCCGCUUGGAGAUAGGAUAGGAAUUUGCCCGUUUCUCACUUCCUCUUCUGUUUGAAUACUUGAUUGGAUUGUUCUGCUUCUGCUCAUCCCAAUCCUUAUGGAGGUGUUCUCGCUGUUAGGAAACAGUUCUCAGCCCGUGUUUUGUUUCUCCACGACCCGGCCUGUCAAGAACUUUAAGCCCAUCGCCGCCACGGUUGCAACACCGGCCGCGGCGGAGGGAAUUUCGGCUUCAGUCUCUUCUAAUGGUACUGAAGAGCGUAGCGAAGUCUGGAGCAAGCCGCUGACGGUUUCCAAACACAAUCCGAAGAAUCUCUCUGCUCCGUAUAAAGCAAGAGAAUCCGCGAUUCUUGAUAUUCAGCAUUCUUCUGAAUUGGCAUCUGCUCUUUCGAGAUCAGGAAAAGUGUUGAAAGCACAAGAUCUGAAUGUGGUGUUGCGCCAUUUUGGGAAGCAAAACAGAUGGAAGGAUCUUUAUCAGCUUUUUGAAUGGAUGCAGCAGCAUGGCAAAACUAAUACUGCUUCCUACAGCAGUUAUAUAAAAUUCAUUGGGAGAGAUUCGAAUUAUAUGAAGGCCCUAGAGAUAUAUAAUAGCAUCAAAGAUGAUUACACAAGGAACAACGUCUCUGUUUGCAAUUCCACUCUGUAUUGUUUAAUAAAGAGUGGCAAGUUUCACAGCAGCCUGAAGUUAUUUAAUCAAAUGAAGCAAGCUGGUUUAGUACCUGAUAUUGUAACGUAUAGCACGUUACUUGUGGGCUGCGCCAAAGUAAAGGGUGGAUAUGUUAAGGCAAUGGAACUGGUGCGAGAAAUUAAAUAUAGGGGCUUGCAAAUGGACAUCGUAGUGUAUGGAACACUUAUAUCAGUUUGUGCUUCAAACAAUCAAUGUGAAGAAGCAGAGAAGUACUUCAACGAGAUGAGGAGUGAAGGUCAUUCUCCCAAUGUCUUCCACUACAGCUCUUUGCUAAAUGCAUAUGCAGUUGAUGGAAACUAUAAAAAGGCUGACGAGUUGAUUCAAGAAAUGAGAUGUGCAGGACUAGUUUUGAACAAGGUUAUACUAACAACUCUGCUGAAAGUAUUUGUUAAAGGCGGCUUGUUUGAGAAAUCAAGAGAACUGAUGGAUGAACUGCAAGAUCUGGGCUAUGCUGAAGAUGAGGUUUAUUUAUGGCUCUCCAGUCAACGUGCAAGUAUUUCUGCAGCUCUUCACGGCUUAUCAAAUCCUUGUUUCCUGCAGAUGCCAUACUGUUUACUGAUGGAUGGCCUUGUAAAGUCGGGGAAACUUAUGGAAGCCAAAUCAGUUUUUGACGAAAUGAGGCAAAAAGAAGUGAAAAAUGAUGGUUACUCCUACAGUAUUAUGAUUUCAGCCCUCUGCCGUGGUGGGCUCAUUGAAGAAGCAAAGCAGUUGGCUUGUGAAUUUGAGAUCAAGUAUGACAAGUAUGAUGUGGUCAUUUUGAACUCGAUGCUUGGUGCCUAUUGUAGAUCAGGAGAAAUGGAGAAUGUGAUGAAGCUGAUGAAGAAAAUGGAUGAGUCGGCAAUUAGUCCUGAUUGGAAUACCUUUCAUAUCUUAAUAAAAUAUUUCUGCAAGGAGCAGUUGUAUUUACUUGCCUAUCAGACAAUGGCGGACAUGCACAGGAAAGGUCACCAGCCUGAGGAGGGUCUCGCUGUCUCUUUGAUUAAUCAUCUUGGCAAAACUGGUUCCCAUUCAGAAGCAUUUUCAGUGUACAGUAUGUUGAGAUAUAGCAAGAGGACAAUUAACAAGGCCCUUCACGAGAAGAUUUUACAUAUUUUACUUGCAGGUGGGCUUCUUAAAGAUGCAUACGUAGUGGUCAAGGACAAUGCACAUUUGAUCUCUCAGACUGCUAUUAAGAAGUUUGCUACCUCCUUUAUGCGAAAGGGCAAUAUAAACCUAGUAAAUGAUGUGCUCAAGUCUAUCCACAGUUCUGGCUACAAGAUUGAUCUGGACAUCUUUCACAUGGCUGUUUCUCGUUACGUUGAGCAACCUGAAAAGAAAGAACUGUUUCUUCAUUUGCUACAGUGGAUGCCUGGUCAAGGCUAUCAUGUUGAUUCAUCUACAAGGAAUUUGAUCUUCAAGAACUCCCACUUGUUUGGAGACCAUUCUACUGCAGAGUUAUUGUCUAAGCAUCAUGCAGUGUUGAAGUCAAAUAAAUCACGUGAGGGGAGAAAGAAAUGAACAUGAGCUUUCAGAGCAUCAGAUAGCUUAAUUCAUACCAGACAGAAGAGGAAGAAGUAUUCCCAAAUCUAUGAAGAGUCAUCCUGGAUGCUUCGACAUCUUCUUUAUUCAGUCUCAGCCUCUCCUCCACAGCAUCAAUGACUGCUCUUCCACCCGCAUGUAUGCAGAAAUGCUCUAACGCCUUCUUGAAGUUCGGUAUGUAUAUUUCCUUCU